UAGGCUACUACUGUUAUUGGAGAAUGAGUUGACGAUGGUCAAGACGAAGACGAAGAGGAGGACUAAGUCCCUUGUAUGGACCGAUGAUGAAGUCCAAUUGUUACUCAACAUAACACUGGACUACAAGUUGAGCAGGGAAGCAGAAAAUGUCAAUUGGGAGUCGUCCCAUCGCAAGUACUGGGAUAUUUUGCAAAGGUUCCUUGAUAACUAUCCUUCACCUGACGCUGCGUCUGCAACGGGAAAAUAUUUCCCGCACAAAAAGAAGGACAUUACAAAAGGUCAGUUGAUGACCAAACUGAAGGUCAUACGUGGUAAGUACAGGCAAGCCGCUGAUGCCGGUCAGAAGAAUCGCCAUGGGCGAGUGGUGCUUCUGUUUUACGAGCAGUGUCAAGCAAUUUGGGGAGGUUCACCAUCACCGGACGUGCACCCCAUCUCUGGCGGGAUGGAGACGUGCGACGUGAGCCCUGAAACUCCCACCGCCAGCGAGGAGUCCUUGACCACCGAGGAGAUCAGCGCGCCUGGCCGUCAGCAACUCGACGCUUCUUUGCCGAACCACUGGAGGAGUAAAGUGAAGUGGCUGCGCUCGGACGUGGCGAAGGAGGACCUGGAGAUCAAGAGACGGCUCCUCCGUCAGCUGGAGAUGACGGACAGCGCGUUCAUCAACACCGUAGGCCGUUUAACGUCCUCCGUGGACCGCAUGAACUCCAACAUCGAGCUGCUGGUCCAGCACCUGAUGGGCACGAGUAGCAGGGAAAGCCGCAUGCCUCCUCCACCAUCGCCCCAGCCACAGCCUUUUGGUAGCACGAGGGGCCCUGAAGAGUUCUCCCCCGUGACAGGUCUGUUUAAAGUGGAGCUCUCCUGAUGUCAGGUUGCCUAAUGAUCAUGUUUCAUAAGGAAGGGCAAGUUGGCCCGAAACGUUGAACGUUGGUGAUGAAAACAUUGAUUCCAUUGGAACUCUGCUCUAGUGUGCGGACUUUUUUUUAAUUCAUGCUCAGGUUGCCUAAUAACCCAUGAGCUCUCCUGCCCUCGAUAUAUAAUAGCCCACAAUCCACCAGCACCCAGGCACACAGCUUGGAAUUCUGAGCAUGAUCCUUGAUUCCCUUUUUUCACUCGCUUGUCUUCUCUCUCCUCCUCUCUCUCUAUCUCUAACUCCUCCGUCUCUUUCCUGUCUAUGUGAGUCUUCAUCUCCUCCCUUGUCCAGCCCUCCACUAUUGUCAGCUGUCAGCCUCAAAUCAAGUCUUCUGUCUAGCUCCUUCCCUCUACAAACUACCACGAUAUUCUCUCUCUCUCUCUCUCUUGUUGCUGCUCUGCCCUUCUAGCCAUUAUUUUUGUGUUGAGAGAGAGCGAGAGAGAGAGAGAAAAGGGAAAGAUGUCAGCCUGCCCUGGAGGGUUUGAGACUGUGAUAUCUGAUGAAUAAUGGACACACUGGCCCCCUUGACAGACCAAAUCUGUUCCGCGGAAUGAAGCUCCACACAACAGAUGCAUGCUCACUACUCCCAGGAAAGAAGAAGAAAGGAUGGAGGAGAAGAUACCAUUUUUUUUCUUCUCAACAUUGCAUUUGUUCAUUUUGCAGAUAUGAACAGGUACAUUUAUCAUGAGGAUUUAGUAGGUGUGUUGUGCGGUAUGGGCUUGAGUAAAGCCUCUGUGGUCCACAGUAUGUGAAGACGCAUUACAUUUAGCAACAAUGGA